AGAGAGAGAGAGAGGCGGGCCCACGCACUCGCAGUCGCGAUCAGAGCAGGGCAGCGGACGAUCUGCUGCUGGUAGAAUUCGGCCGACGCGACAGGGAGCCGGGGAGUCGGAGGUGGAGGAGGUCUGAGGAGUGCGACUGAUUUUCGAGCGUUCUGUGCGAGCGCCGAGCGGACGAGCGAGCUUGUUGAGCGAGAGGAGGAGAAGCGGGUGGUGCAAGAGAAGGGAAGGCCGGGAGCCGAGGGCGCUGCUCAAUUGCUGCUCAAUUCAGGAGUUGCAGAGUCGGGAUGCUCUUUGCCAUUCUUCCGCAAGACUUGCAGUGGAGUGGACUGUGGAGCGUCACAAGUAGAUUGCGCAUAAAUAGUCGUCGGGUUAAAGCGGGCUUCGUGCAGUUUGAGUGCAGGAAGAUGGGCAGAUAAUGGUCUGAAUCGUUUUGGCAAGAUUAGUCGCAGGCGACACAUGAGUUCCAAGCUUCGCCUUUCCUCGUAAAGUCUGGUUCACGAAGAAGGUUUUCCUUCGACUUCAGAGCUCUUUAGCUAGGACCUUCUUCUGCCAGCGUCGGUGCCCGUUUGGAAGCGUUCCGGUAGGACGACCUGUAUUGAAGAUUGACACUGACAAUACAUCGCGGUUGGGGUCACGAGAUCUGGUGACACUCUCCCUUUGGCCGACUGUUUUCAGCUACAGCUAAUCCAAUUCCUAUCUUGAAAGUCAUCUUGCGAAGGACACCCCGCGAGCAUUGACGGGCUGCCGAAGACAUGCGUCUCAAGCGUCGAACGCAACCACCGCGGCCAGCCUUAUCAGGAUGCGAAUCAGUGGAUUCAUCUACACAUUCGGCCGGAGCUUCCGUGUUGGAUCAUCGAGACAUCGUGUGGCCCAAGUUGCAAGUGCUGAAAGACAAGUAUUUGCAAGAUAUGAAAGAUUUGCAUGGCAUGUUGACAACGAGGAGUACGAUGCCGAUGCCGCCUGACCAGCUCCAUAAGCUGAAGCAUUAUAAAGAUGUUCUGCAUCGCAUGAUUCCAUACUUGACGGUAUCGAAGGAGAGAGUUCCAAGGGAGUUCAAUCAGGACAAGGUUGAGGCUUUUGAGAAGCAAAUCGUGAACAUUAUGGAGACAUUUAAGCGUCGAAAGCAACCACCGCAGCCAGCCUUACCACCGCAGCAGCAAGGUGGCCAGGCUCCACCUCCAGCGCAACAACAGCUUUUAUCGCAAAUCCAACAACAGGAUAACAAGCAUGUGCAGAAAAUGCCAGUGACGGGCGUUGGUCAGUCAACUGUGAGCGCCCUGCAGCCCAACAGUUUGGCAACUAAUUUGGGUCCAACGUUGCAGCAAUCGGGAAUUCCUCCUUUGCAACAAAAUGGAGCUAAUUCUGGUCAGCCUACUGCAACAUCUAUGCAAAGCAACAGUUUGCGUUCACCGCAGCAAGGCGGUGUGACAUCGCUGCCGGCCAAUUGGAUAAGCGCAAUGCAGCAGGGUGGACUAAGUACGCUCCAAGCAGCGACGGAACAGCAUGAUUACUUGAUGUCGAGGAUAUCGUUGAAUAUGCUUUAUUUGGAAACUCGCAACUCCUUCGUAUGACAUGACAAGACUCAGUGAAUCGCUGGAAUCAGGUUAGAGAACGGUCAUGAUAUUGCCCGUCCUCUCUUUAGAUUGAGGACAUGUCUGAUGUCUCUGAUGGCAUACGUAUGCAAAGGUAUGAGUCGAUUUGCAGAGGUUGUCAAAUUUGUCGUGUUUCUUUGCUGCAACAAGAACCAUACAAAAGGAGCCUCAGGAAGAGUAGCAACAACAACAAGAGGAUCUGCAGCAACAACUGCCUGUGAAGUUUCUUGUCCAGCGCUCAAUUUCUUAGCGCGGCUCUAAAGACAACGUCAAAUUGGAAUUUGACGUGUUUGAUCCAAUUUCGAACUGCUAUAAAUGUUUUGGGAGUAGACUGACUUGAGUUAAGAAAAAUAAUGUGUAAUAAGACUAGUCACUUAAGCUUAAAUACUUCGAAUCCUAUCUACCUUGACACAUCUCCGAUCACUUGAUGAUUUACUAGGCUUUUGUCAAGCCGCAAUUGUGAUAGUAUCCUUAUCCUUGUGUUGAGACUGUUGAACUAAUAGUCUUAACAUUUUUUAUGAAAUUCAUAUUCACUUCAAGACAUAAUUAUCAUUCAUCAUCCAAAGACAUGUGAAUGUGUCUUGAUUAGAUCAUGGUAGUCUGCACUUUAUCAGCUGUUUUAUCUACCAUGGUUGGUAGAAGUUGAUGAGAACACAAUCAUCUCAAAUGUUGGGCAAUGGG